AUGUUGUACACUAAUGUAACAAAUAUAAAUCAUUUCUUUAUCAUUGGAUUUCCUGGACUUUCACUGGAGCACUAUGGGAUUGUGUCGUGCCUGCUUCUUGUGCUCUUCUUGGCUAUAGCGUUUGGAAAUAUGUUUCUUUUAGUGUUUGUUAAAUGUGAAAGCUCUCUUCACAGACCCACAUAUCUUAUCUUUUGCCACUUGGCAUUAACUGACUUAACAUUUGGAAUUGUUACUUUGCCAAAGAUUAUCUCUAAAUAUUGGUUUGAUGACAGCAUUAUUUCAUUUUAUGGCUGCUUUGCACAGAUGUACUUUAUUCAUCUUAUAGGUGCAGCUCAUUCUUUUAUCCUGAUGGUGAUGGCUCUUGAUCGCUCUAUUGCAAUUUAUGCUCCUCUGCGUUACACUGUCCUUUUCACAAACACAUCUGCGUCUGUGCUUUGUGUUAUAUCCUGGUUACUGCCAAUAUCAUGGAUGGUGGGAGUAGUGUUAGAUGCUCUUUCACUCCCUUACUGUAACUCAAACCUCAUUGUACAGUGCUAUUGUGAUCAUAUAGCAAUAACAGCACUGGGAUGUGAGAACGUACGAGACGUUCAGAUAGUUGCAUUUGGUCUUGCUAUGUUCAGUCUGUUGGUGCCUCUUGGUUUUAUCAUCAUAUCAUAUUUUAUCAUCAUUGUUGCUGUGAUGAGAAUCUCGAGCGCUGAGAGCCGCAUCAAGACUUUGUCGACCUGCACGCCGCAGCUUCUCAUCACGUUCCUGUAUUAUAUGCCGAGGUGCUUUGUGUACCUGGCUAAUAAUGUGGGAUUCACUUUCAGUGUUCCUGUUCGCAUUGUUGUUGUAAUGCUUUACAGUUUGUUACCUGCCGCUGUCAACCCCAUAAUAUACUGCUUCAAAACAAAGGAUAUCAAAGACAGCUUGAAAAGGAAAUUCUUAGUUAGGAAGGUUAACAUCAGCACAAAAACAUGA